UCUGUACAUGUAAAGGGUUGCUUAACAAGAUGUCGCUCUUACCUGUCGCAAACCGAGCUGGACGCUGUCUUUCCACUGUCAACCAUGUUCACAAGCUGUCCAGAUGUAGCACAUCAGCGCUGUGGAGGGGUCAGAGGCGGCACAUGGCUUCCGUAGAGGAACAGGACUUGGUGGUCAUUGGGUCUGGACCAGGGGGCUAUGUAGCUGCUAUCAAAGCUGCACAGCUGGGAUUAAAGACCACAUGUGUAGAAAAGAAUGAUACCUUAGGAGGUACCUGCCUCAACGUGGGUUGCAUCCCAUCCAAGGCUCUUCUUAAUAACUCCCAUCUCUACCACAUGGCUGCAUCAAAGGACUUCAAGAGCAGAGGCAUUGAUGUUGGUGACAUUAAACUAAAUUUGCCAAAGAUGAUGGGCCAGAAAUCAGAUGCAGUGAAGGGACUGACAAAUGGCGUUGCGCACCUCUUCAAACAGAACUCAGUGACCAGGAUUCAAGGACAUGGUAAGGUCAUGGGACCUAAUGAGGUCGCUGUCCUACAUCCUGAUGGUAAGAUCAAAGAAGUGGUCAAGACUAAGAACAUCCUCAUAGCAACAGGUUCAGAGGUCACGCCAUUCCCUGGUAUUGAGGUUGAUGAGAAGACUGUAGUGUCAUCUACAGGAGCCUUGUCUUUAGAGAGAGUCCCUGAUCACAUGGUGCUUAUUGGAGGAGGUGUCAUUGGCUUAGAGUUGGGUUCUGUAUGGCAGCGUCUUGGAGCCAAGGUCACAGCCGUUGAGUUCCUCGGUCACAUAGGUGGUGUGGGCAUCGAUAUGGAGAUGGCCAAGAACUUCCAGAGGAUUCUCACCAAGCAAGGCAUCAAGUUCAAGCUGAACACCAAGGUGACCGGAGCUACGAGGACAGGAGAUGACAUCAGCGUGUCUGUAGAAUCAGUUAAAGAUCCCAACAAGAAAGAAGAUCUUCAGUGUGACACGCUACUGGUGUGCGUCGGACGCAGGCCAUACACAAAUAAUCUAGGCUUAGAGGAGCUUGGAAUUUCCCUGGAUGAGAGGGGGAGGAUACCUGUAGACAACCGCUUUGCAACAUCCGUACCUAGUGUGUUUGCCAUUGGAGAUUGCAUCCAGGGGCCUAUGCUUGCUCACAAGGCCGAGGAUGAGGGAAUCAUCGCUGUGGAGGGAAUGGCCGGUGGGCCAGUUCACAUUGACUAUAACUGCGUUCCCUCUGUGAUCUACACCCAUCCUGAGGUGGCCUGGGUAGGCAAGACUGAGGAACAACUGAAGGAAGAAGGAAUCAAGUACAAAGUGGGAAAGUUCCCCUUUGCAGCCAACAGCAGAGCUAAGACCAAUGGCGAUACUGAUGGGUUAGUGAAGAUGCUGAGUGAUGCAGCUACCGAUAGAAUUCUUGGAGCUCACAUCAUCGGGUCAGGGGCUGGCGAGAUGAUCAAUGAAGCAGCAUUAGCUAUGGAAUAUGGUGCUUCAUGUGAAGAUGUAGCUCGAGUUUGCCAUGCACAUCCGACUGUAUCUGAGGCAUUCAGAGAAGCCAACAUGGCAGCGUACAGUGGGAAAGCCAUCAACUUUUAAUAAUGCACUUCGUUGGUAUAGCUCUUUUGUGAUUAUCUUUAUCUAUGACAUAGUUUUAAGUAUUUGCUGCCCAGUGAGUAUCCAUAGUGGUUUGGGAAGGAAAGAUGUAAUGUAUGUGUGUUAUUCGAUAAAUAUUUAUAUACGUUCAGAUAAGUUGUUGAAUUGAAUUAUCCUCCUGAAUCGUGCUUGAUAGCAUGGUAUUGGUGAUAUACUCACACAGGUGGACCCCAGAGUAUUCUCCAAGAAUCUGGUAUUUGCACCCUUUGAUAUAUUACCAACUCUGAAAUGAGGUUUGCCCGUUUAUUAGAUUUUCAGUUAGUAGCAUUGCAGACACUCAUUGCAUGUCUUUGUAAUGCUUUAACUUGUCUAAUAAGAGUAACGUGUACCUGUGUACAACAAGCCAUACAACAGAAUGGUUGGGUGUGAUGACUUAAUGCUAUCUUUAUGAUACCCUUAUACAAACGUUGUCCAAGGACACUUUAUGCAUAAUGUUAGCAGCACGAGUAUUGAUAUAUCACUACAUGCAGUUCAAAUGUUAUGGAUAUAAUCACUCCACCAUUUUGCUUUUUGUGCUCUGCAAUGUACACGAAAUGCCAUAAAUAAAGGGUGAUGAGAUUCUUCCAAGGAAUUAUGUUGGGAUAAACAUUGCUUUGCUCUUCUCCCUCUUAUCAAUAAUUAUUUACAUGUUUGAUAUAAAUUAAGGGAAUAUAUAUGACAGGGGAAAUGUCAAAUAUGUUUUGAAGAGACUAGAGGGAUGAUCAUAUUCCAAACACAAAUAGAAACACAUCUUUCCUUUGCCACUACAUCAAUGUUGAAGAAGUGCUAAGAAAUCUACCUAGUUUGUACUUAUACAUGGGUAUGGCUACAUAUGUUAUGGUAGAAGCAUCUUGUAUCACUUGUGUAGGCAACUUUGUAAGUUAGGACAAGUAGAAUUGAUUCUUUGCUUCACAUCCGAACCUCAUACGGAUCUCCUUGUGCAUACAAGUGCUGUGGGGUCAUUUGCAACAAUAGUUUUUAAAUAUAUUUUUAUUUUUUGC